AAUUGUAAGUGAUCAUCUCAUGCGCAUUGAUGAUCUCCAGCUUGGGCCAUGGGUUUGUCAAUAUAAGGACUUGGACAACAUUGUUCAUCUGUUUCAUUUCUAACGCCCGCGCAGCUGUGCUCCGCCUUCUCACUCGUUACGGUUGUAGACCUGUCUUGUCGAUAUGACUACCAUUCCCUUCGUCGGUCAUGAAGUUGCUGGGCAACGUCUACGCAACUGUUCUCGCAAAGAUUUUGCUCAUGAACGCAUCAUACAAACUACUGACUACUUCUUAAACGACCCACCAGUAUACUCUCCUUCUUUGUACAUGGAUAGCAUGGCGAUAGAAUCCUGGAUAGUUAAAACAGAAGAGCAUAUGGAAGCCUUAUCUAUUGACUGUCAAGGUUUCAAGUGGAGCGACGAACUCAUUGGCUCUGACGCCCGCGAGAUACAUAACUUAGCCUCUAUGCACACGUUCGAGGAAGAAUGUGACUCAGACAGUAGCCUCUCAGACGACUCUCACUGCCAACCCGUUUCAGAACCCAACCUCAAAACAGUUGAUCGUGGCACCCACGACAUACAACUUAAUACUGAUGCAGAUGCGCAGUACAUCACAAUUCCUUACGACAGUCCAUGGUACCGCCCGCCCAUGCCCUAUACCAGCUCCGAGUCUCGCACUGCAGCUGACGACUAUACUGGAACCUUUCCCCCUUCUUGUUCUUGUGACGUUCAGCAAGCGCUUACACAACAAGUAUUCCUGCUUGACCUGUUCCACGAAGAGCUACGCAGAUCGAUACCACCUUACGGUGGCGCCGAUAAAUACGACACGAUAUGGCUAGAUGAUGUUGAUGCAGAACUGCUACUAGCUCCCACCGAAGCUUUUGAGGACAUAUGCUGGAAUUCUGCGGUUGCAUCAUCUCCAAAGCAUGACCCUCCCAAAUGGAAGUGGAAGCCCCUCCCUGAUGUUCCUCUAGAUUUUGGAGACGACUUCAAUUUAUACCAGAUAUGAGCAGGGUUCUGCUAGAUAUUUCGUGGAAUUCAAGCAUGACCUAUACCCAUUCAGUCAAAUGUAUUAUGUUUCCGACUCAUUCUCAGGGCGUCAAUUCCCACUUGCAGUUGUAGUAUGGAAUUUAUUGAUUCGUUCGACAGCAUACUAUUGAUGUACUACCAGCGUUUUGAAUGUAACCAGACCUGGAAGGUUUUGUAGCUAUCUUUGCAUUUUAUAUCUCCCUUCUUGUCUCCUUAAGUUACCGAGAUAAUGAAAGCUGUAUCAAUUGCGAG